AGGAGGGAGGCCGCGCCGCGCUCUCGCGCCCGGUGUCUCCCUCUCGCUGCCUCUGCAGAAACAGCUCCCUGCCAGAACGGCGCUCGGCGCGGCGCGGCCCGGAGCGGCGGCGGCGCUUCCCGAGGGCUCGCCCUCAGGUGUUCGCGGCUGCUGUCGCCGAAGAACGCGGCUCGGGGCCUCUCGGCGAUCGCCCUGGGCGGGCCGGAGACGCCUUGGCCCCCUGGCGGCUCGGGGUCCACCCCGCGCCGCGGGCCCGCCGCUCUCCCUCGCCUCGCCUUUGCGCCUCUUCUCGCUCUGCCUCUCCAUUUAUUAUUAUUAUUUUUUUCCAAUGGUGUAGCCGCCAGAGGUGCGGUGCUAAAUUCUUGGAAGGGGCCCGGAUGUACUGAGGAUGCAUUACAAUCUCACGAAAGGAGGCGGUAGUGGAAAGCAGCAGUUUUUGGUGUUUGGUGCAAUAAUGGGGAUCAGGUAAUCACCCGAAGGGAGCAAGAAACACUGCGGAUCCACGGCUUCCUCGAUUUGCGCGAAAGCCGCCGGCGGCCUCGGAGGAGGAGGGAUUCAGCCAGACCCGCUCGCGGCUGUUGCUGCAUUUCUUCCUCUUUGUGGCUUCUCCUUUCCAAGCAGUUUUUGGCCAAUGGUCAAUGAAAACACGAGGAUGUACGUUCCAGAGGAAAACCAUCAAGGUUCCAACUAUGGGAGCCCACGCCCAGCUCACGCCAACAUGAAUGCCAAUGCAGCUGCAGGGCUUGCCCCCGAGCACAUCCCUACUCCGGGGGCAGCGCUGUCCUGGCAGGCAGCCAUUGACGCUGCCCGGCAGGCCAAGUUAAUGGGCAGUGCUGGCAACGCAACCAUCUCUACUGUCAGCUCCACACAGCGGAAGCGGCAGCAGUACGGGAAACCCAAGAAACAGGGAGGAACGACUGCCACACGGCCACCCCGUGCUCUGCUCUGCCUGACUCUGAAGAACCCCAUCCGGAGGGCAUGCAUAAGCAUUGUUGAAUGGAAACCAUUUGAAAUAAUUAUUUUACUGACUAUUUUUGCCAAUUGUGUGGCCUUAGCGAUCUAUAUUCCCUUCCCAGAAGAUGACUCCAAUGCCACCAACUCCAACCUGGAACGAGUGGAGUAUCUAUUUCUCAUCAUUUUUACGGUGGAAGCAUUUUUAAAAGUAAUUGCCUAUGGACUUCUCUUUCACCCCAACGCUUACCUCCGAAAUGGUUGGAAUUUACUAGAUUUUAUAAUUGUGGUCGUAGGGCUUUUUAGUGCAAUUUUAGAACAAGCAACCAAAGCUGAUGGGGCCAAUGCUCUAGGAGGAAAAGGAGCUGGAUUCGAUGUGAAGGCGCUGAGGGCUUUCCGCGUGCUUCGUCCCCUGCGGCUGGUGUCUGGAGUCCCAAGUCUCCAGGUGGUCCUGAACUCCAUCAUCAAGGCCAUGGUGCCUCUGCUGCACAUCGCCCUGCUUGUGCUGUUCGUCAUCAUCAUUUAUGCCAUUAUCGGCCUGGAGCUCUUCAUGGGGAAGAUGCACAAGACCUGCUACAACCAGGAGGGCGUAAUAGAUGUUCCAGCAGAAGAGGACCCUUCCCCGUGUGCUUUGGAGACAGGCCAUGGGCGGCAGUGUCAGAAUGGCACCGUGUGCAAGCCCGGGUGGGAUGGGCCCAAGCAUGGCAUCACCAACUUCGACAACUUCGCCUUCGCCAUGCUGACCGUGUUCCAGUGCAUCACCAUGGAGGGCUGGACAGACGUGCUGUAUUGGGUCAAUGAUGCCGUAGGAAGGGACUGGCCCUGGAUCUAUUUUGUUACACUAAUCAUCAUAGGGUCAUUUUUUGUACUUAACUUGGUUCUCGGUGUUCUUAGCGGAGAGUUUUCCAAAGAGAGGGAGAAAGCCAAAGCUCGGGGGGAUUUCCAGAAGCUUCGAGAGAAGCAGCAGCUAGAAGAAGAUCUCAAAGGCUACCUGGAUUGGAUCACCCAAGCAGAAGACAUUGACCCUGAGAAUGAAGAUGAGGGCAUGGACGAAGACAAACCCCGAAACAGAGGUGCUGCGGCGGGCUUGCUUGAUCAGAAGAAAGGGAAGUUUGCUUGGUUUAGUCACUCUACAGAAACCCAUGUGAGCAUGCCCACAAGUGAGACUGAGUCUGUCAACACUGAAAAUGUGGCUGGAGGUGACAUCGAGGGCGAAAACUGUGGAGCCAGGCUUGCCCACCGGAUCUCCAAAUCCAAGUUCAGCCGCUACUGGCGCAGGUGGAAUAGAUUCUGCAGAAGGAAGUGUCGUGCAGCAGUUAAGUCCAACAUCUUCUACUGGCUCGUGAUCUUCCUGGUGUUCCUCAACACACUCACCAUUGCCUCCGAGCAUUACAACCAGCCCCACUGGCUCACAGAAGUCCAAGACACAGCCAACAAGGCACUGCUGGCGCUUUUCACUGCAGAAAUGCUCCUGAAGAUGUACAGCCUCGGCCUGCAGGCCUAUUUUGUAUCCCUCUUCAACCGAUUUGACUGCUUCAUCGUGUGUGGGGGCAUCCUGGAGACCAUCCUGGUGGAGACCAAGAUCAUGUCCCCCCUGGGCAUCUCUGUGCUGAGAUGUGUGCGGCUGCUCAGAAUCUUUAAGAUCACCAGGUACUGGAACUCCUUGAGCAACCUUGUGGCGUCCUUGCUGAACUCAGUGCGCUCCAUUGCCUCCCUGCUGCUGCUCCUCUUCCUCUUCAUCAUCAUCUUCUCCCUCCUGGGGAUGCAGCUGUUUGGAGGGAAGUUCAACUUUGAUGAGAUGCAGACCCGUAGGAGCACGUUUGAUAACUUCCCACAGUCACUCCUCACUGUGUUUCAGAUCCUGACCGGGGAGGACUGGAAUUCGGUGAUGUAUGAUGGGAUCAUGGCUUAUGGCGGCCCCUCUUUUCCAGGGAUGUUAGUCUGUAUUUACUUCAUCAUCCUCUUCAUCUGUGGAAAUUAUAUCCUACUGAAUGUGUUCUUGGCCAUUGCGGUGGACAACCUGGCUGAUGCUGAGAGCCUCACCUCUGCCCAAAAGGAAGAAGAAGAAGAGAAGGAGAGAAAGAAGCUGGCCAGACCGGCCAGGACUGCCAGCCCAGAAAAGAAACAGGAGGUGAUGGAGAAACCAGCAGUGGAGGAGACCAAAGAGGAAAAAAUUGAGCUGAAGUCCAUCACUGCAGAUGGAGAGUCCCCACCCACUACCAAGAUUAACAUGGAUGACCUCCAGCCUAGUGAAAAUGAAGAUAAGAGUCCCCACUCCAACCCCGACACCGCAGGGGAAGAGGACGAGGAGGAGCCUGAGAUGCCUGUGGGGCCACGCCCUAGGCCCCUGUCUGAGCUACACCUUAAGGAAAAGGCAGUGCCCAUGCCAGAAGCCAGUGCGUUUUUCAUCUUCAGCCCUAACAACAGGUUCCGCCUCCAGUGCCACCGCAUCGUCAACGACACCAUCUUCACCAACCUGAUCCUCUUCUUCAUCCUGCUCAGCAGCAUCUCUCUGGCUGCUGAGGACCCGGUCCAGCACACCUCCUUCAGGAACCAUAUCCUAGGCAAUGCAGACUAUGUCUUCACUAGUAUCUUUACAUUAGAAAUUAUCCUUAAGAUGACGGCUUACGGGGCUUUCCUGCACAAGGGCUCUUUCUGCAGAAGCUACUUCAAUAUCUUGGACCUGCUGGUGGUUAGCGUGUCCCUCAUCUCCUUUGGCAUCCAGUCCAGCGCAAUCAAUGUUGUGAAGAUUUUACGGGUGCUGCGGGUCCUCAGGCCCCUGAGGGCCAUCAACAGGGCCAAGGGGCUAAAGCACGUGGUUCAGUGUGUGUUUGUGGCCAUCCGGACCAUAGGGAACAUUGUAAUUGUCACCACCCUGCUGCAGUUCAUGUUCGCCUGCAUUGGGGUCCAGCUCUUCAAGGGAAAGCUAUACACCUGCUCGGAUAGUUCCAAACAGACGGAGGCAGAAUGCAAGGGUAACUAUAUCACAUACAAAGAUGGAGAGGUUGACCACCCCAUAAUCCAACCUCGAAGCUGGGAGAACAGCAAGUUUGACUUUGAUAAUGUUCUGGCAGCCAUGAUGGCCCUCUUCACCGUCUCCACCUUUGAGGGGUGGCCAGAGCUGCUGUACCGCUCCAUCGACUCCCACACAGAAGACAAGGGCCCCAUCUACAACUACCGUGUGGAGAUCUCCAUCUUCUUCAUCAUCUACAUCAUCAUCAUUGCCUUCUUCAUGAUGAACAUCUUCGUGGGUUUCGUCAUUGUCACCUUCCAGGAGCAGGGGGAGCAAGAGUACAAGAAUUGUGAGCUGGACAAGAACCAGAGACAAUGUGUGGAAUAUGCCCUCAAGGCCCGACCCUUACGAAGGUACAUCCCCAAGAACCAGCACCAGUAUAAAGUGUGGUACGUGGUCAACUCUACCUACUUCGAGUAUCUGAUGUUCGUCCUUAUCCUGCUCAACACCAUCUGCCUGGCCAUGCAGCAUUAUGGCCAGAGCUGCCUCUUCAAAAUUGCCAUGAAUAUACUUAACAUGCUUUUCACUGGCCUCUUCACGGUGGAGAUGAUCCUGAAACUCAUUGCCUUCAAACCCAAGGGUUACUUUAGUGAUCCCUGGAAUGUUUUUGACUUCCUCAUCGUGAUUGGGAGCAUAAUUGAUGUCAUUCUCAGUGAGACUAAUCACUAUUUCUGUGAUGCAUGGAAUACAUUUGAUGCCUUGAUUGUUGUGGGUAGCAUUGUUGAUAUAGCAAUCACCGAGGUACACCCAGCUGAACAUACUCAAUGCUCUCCCUCUAUGAGCGCAGAGGAGAACUCCCGCAUCUCCAUCACCUUCUUCCGUCUCUUCCGGGUCAUGCGCCUGGUGAAGCUGCUGAGCCGUGGGGAAGGCAUCCGGACCCUGCUGUGGACCUUCAUCAAGUCCUUCCAGGCCCUGCCCUAUGUGGCCCUUCUGAUCGUGAUGCUGUUCUUCAUCUAUGCAGUGAUUGGGAUGCAGGUAUUUGGUAAGAUCGCCCUGAAUGACACCACAGAGAUCAAUCGGAACAACAACUUCCAGACGUUCCCACAGGCUGUGCUACUGCUCUUCAGGUGUGCCACCGGGGAAGCCUGGCAGGACAUCAUGCUGGCCUGUAUGCCGGGCAAGAAGUGUGCCCCAGAGUCCGAGCCCAGCAACAGCACAGAAGGGGAGACCCCCUGUGGCAGCAGCUUUGCUGUCUUCUACUUCAUCAGCUUCUAUAUGCUCUGUGCCUUCCUGAUCAUCAACCUCUUCGUAGCCGUUAUCAUGGACAACUUUGACUACCUGACAAGGGAUUGGUCUAUCCUUGGUCCCCAUCAUCUGGAUGAAUUCAAAAGGAUCUGGGCCGAGUAUGACCCUGAAGCCAAGGGUCGGAUAAAACACUUGGAUGUGGUGACCCUCCUCCGUCGAAUUCAGCCCCCCUUGGGUUUUGGGAAGUUGUGUCCUCACCGUGUGGCCUGCAAACGCCUGGUGUCCAUGAACAUGCCUCUGAACAGCGAUGGGACAGUCAUGUUCAAUGCUACCCUGUUUGCCCUAGUCAGGACAGCCCUGAGGAUCAAAACAGAAGGGAACUUAGAACAAGCCAAUGAGGAGCUGCGGGCCAUCAUCAAGAAAAUCUGGAAGAGGACCAGCAUGAAGCUGUUGGACCAAGUGGUGCCCCCUGCAGGUGAUGAUGAGGUCACAGUAGGCAAGUUCUAUGCCACGUUCCUGAUCCAAGAGUACUUCCGAAAAUUCAAGAAGCGAAAAGAGCAGGGGUUGGUGGGAAAGCCUUCACAGAGGAAUGCACUGUCCCUGCAGGCUGGCUUACGAACUUUGCAUGAUAUUGGGCCUGAGAUCCGACGGGCCAUCUCUGGGGAUCUUACCGCUGAGGAGGAGUUGGACAAGGCUAUGAAGGAGGCUGUGUCUGCUGCCUCUGAAGAUGACAUCUUCAGGAGAGCUGGAGGCCUGUUUGGCAACCAUGUCAGCUACUAUCAAAGUGACAGCAGGAGCAACUUUCCUCAGACCUUCACUACCCAGCGCCCACUGCAUAUCAACAAGACGACAAACAACCAAGGUGACACCGAGUCACCAUCCCAUGAGAAGCUAGUGGACUCCACUUUCACCCCCAGCAGCUACUCAUCCACGGGCUCCAAUGCCAACAUCAACAAUGCCAACAACACUGCCCUGGGCCGCUUCCCCCAUCCCUCUGGCUACUCCAGCACAGUCAGCACUGUGGAGGGCCAUGGGCCUCCCUUGUCCCCUGCUAUCCGGGUACAGGAGGCAGCAUGGAAGCUCAGCUCCAAGAGGUGCCACUCCCGAGAGAGCCAGGGGGCCUCGGUGAGUCAAGAGAUGUUUCCAGAAGAGACCUGCAGUGUGAGGAUGAGUGAGGACGCUGAGUACUGCAGUGAGCCCAGCCUGCUCUCCACAGACAUACUCUCCUACCAGGAUGAUGAAAACCGACAACUGACAUCUCCAGAGGAGGCGAGGAGGGAGAUCCAGCAGUCUCCGAAGAGGAGUUUCCUUCGCUCUGCCUCUCUAGGUCGAAGGGCCUCCUUCCACCUGGAGUGUCUGAAGAGACAAAAGGACCAAGGGGGAGACAUCUCUCAGAAGACAGCCUUGCCCUUGCAUCUGGUUCAUCACCAGGCAUUGGCAGUGGCAGGUUUGAGCCCUCUCCUGCAGAGAAGCCAUUCUCCUUCCAAGUUCCCCAGGCCAUGCCCCACACCCCCUGUCACUCCAGGCAGCCGGGGCAGGCCCCUACAGCCCAUCCCCACCCUACGGCUGGAGGGGGCCGAGUCCAGCGAGAAGCUCAACAGCAGCUUUCCAUCCGUCCACUGCAGCUCCUGGGCUGACGAGACCACCGCCUGUAGUGGGGGCGGCAGCAUGGCCCGGAGAGCCCGGCCCGUCUCCCUCACCGUGCCCAGCCAGGCUGGAGCUCCAGGGAGACAGUUCCAUGGCAGCGCCAGCAGCCUGGUGGAAGCGGUCUUGAUUUCAGAAGGACUGGGACAGUUUGCUCAAGAUCCCAAAUUCAUCGAGGUCACCACCCAGGAGCUGGCUGACGCCUGUGACAUGACAAUAGAGGAGAUGGAGAAUGCGGCAGACAACAUCCUCAGUGGGGGCGCCCAGCAGAGCCCCAACGGCACCCUCUUACCUUUUGUGAACUGCAGGGACCCGGGGCAGGACAGGGCUGUGGUCCCAGAGGACGAGAGCUGCGCAUAUGACCUGGGGCGAGGCCGGAGCGAGGAGGCGCUCCCGGACAGCAGGGCCUACGUCAGCAACCUGUAGUCCACAGGGCUGGCGAGACGCGGGUGUUUUUUAUUCGUUUCAAUGUUCCUAAUGGGUUCGUUUCAGAAGUGCCUCACUGUUCUCGUGACCUGGAGGUAACCGGAACAGCGUCUUCAUUCACUGCUGUCAGGACAAGCCUCAGAGCUGGGCGGUGUGCGGAGUCGGCUUUUCAGGGGAGAAGGCCAAGGCCAUGGUGCAGGACUCCAGCACCUUCCCGCGGCAGCACCGCCCAAAGGACCCCACCCCCCUAAGCAAAAGGGUGUUUUCCCCUUGCUUGUAUAAACAGUCAUUUGCACAUGUUCUGUCUGAGCCUGGCCGUCUCAAUGGAGCAGGGACCCAGGGAUCUGUGGCAGGAGUGGGCCAGCGCCCCGUGCAGGGGCUGGGGAGGUGGCUGCAAGGUUCCCAGCAGUGCAGGCCUGGUCCCUUCAGGGACCCCUCCCCUGCAGGAGCUGAGGUGCAGGUGGCUAGAGCCAGUGCAGACCACGCCACCCGCCCUCAGCCAGCCAGGCCAGGGGGCGCAGGCUGCUGCCUAGUAAUCUUGGUUUCAUGGUUUGAUGGUCCUUGUUAGCAUGUUGCGGUUUUCUGGGGUUUGGUUUCUUUAUUUUUUUUAUUUGCUGUGCUUUCCCACGUGGAAGGGAGGAAGAAGAGCGUUUACAGUUGUGCAGCCUCACUGUUUCCACAUUUGCGUUAUUUAAGUCGGAUUUGGUUUUUAUUAUAUUCUUUAAAUGGUGCGGUUUUCUCCCCCACCCCUCCUUUUCCACCCAUGGAGCGAGGGCUCAAUAUCACCACAGGCAGGUUUACCUGCUCUGCGUAUGCCCAGUAACUUGUCGAAAUUUCCUUAAGUAACAGCACCUUUUUCCGCCUUUCUUUCUGGUUGGGUUGAGCGUCACAAUCUGCAGGUAACAGGCAGUUAGAUAAGCUAUUGCACGCCUGGGUCGUUGAGCUGGGCUCCGUUCUAAGCUGGGCGUAUGGAUAGGUUUCAAGAGAGAGGAUGUAUGAUCAUCUGUGUGUCACACGAGUGUCCAUAGUGGGUUGUCUGUGCGUGUGUGCACCCACAUGGUGCGUGAGCACCCCAUUAACCCCCCACACCUCCACCCCUGCACAAAAGUCCGUAGAUCCCCAUUCCGGUUUGACUGCAGGGAGCUCUGAAUCUGGGGCUGUUCGAAAGCAAAAACAAAUCACUGUCUCUGCUUCUGCUUCUGAAACGAGACUCGGUAACUGCAUUUCCUGUCCCACGAGAUAUGCAAAAGCAAUGCAAUAAUAUCCAUUUUAAAAUACGAUUGUGAGUUGUGUCAGCAUUAAAAUUCUAUUUUAAAAAAACACAAAAUUUAAGGGAAAAACUCAAGAAGACAUUUUGCUUCGAUAUAUUCUGUGUAAUGUUUUAUUGCAUUGAUAAUGUUUCUGUUGAAGAAACUGUUAUACUUGAAUUCAGGUCAGUUUCAGUAUUUUUCAAAUAUUUUUUUAAAAACUGAAUUGCAAUUGUGCCAAGCAAAUAUAAUGACUUAAGUUUGUUUUAAAAUUCACUUCUUGUAUAUUUUGCUGCAUGUAAAGUAAAUCAUUUUGUAUUUGGAGUGUGACAAGCUUUACCUUUGAACUCGUAAGUGCUGUUUCUACAUGUGGUUGGGGAGGAGAUGGUUUUCUUUCGUUUGCAAAGUUAACAAAGGUAUCCCUGAUGUCACUCCUCACUCUGCUCUCCACUGGCAGGUCUGGGGUUACCAUUUUGCAUGUCCUGUGUUUUGUUUCCAUUUCCCUCAAUAUCUUUCCAAAACCAGGUGGUAAGACAGUCCAUGCUACAUCUUGCUUUGCAAGAUCAGGGCAUGUUUCACCCAGAUCCUCACUUGCUGCCUUCCGCCCUCUCUGUGAAUACUUGUCCGGGAUGCUCCUGUUGAGGUGACUGGCUUUCUGAAGCACUCCCACAGCACGUGUCCCAACUGAGAGGAUGAGGUGACUUCCAGACUGGGCCAGUGGUAGGACAGAUUCAGCUUUGACACAUGGUCUACCCAAACGCAGACAGCCGUAGCCAUGCCUGCAGAAAGGGGACAGGAUGGAAGUGCGGUCCCUCUAGAAGCUACUCAUCCUCUGCUUCCACAGCAGGAAGGGGAGAAGAGGCAGGGGCAUCAGGAUCUCAUAGGGAUGAAAGGAACAGGCUGUGUGAGGCUUUUACUCAGGCUCCUCUGUGUCUGCCUUCAGCAACCCUUACAAUCAGCACCAGGUCCUUCAGUUGCGUCUUAACAGGAAUGGUUGAAAAGGAAGGGCUAAGGAAAAUGAGACUCAACCAUUCACCCAGAUUUUACGUAGGUACGGAAUAUCUUCCCAUCCCACUGUCCUAACAGUCUUUUGGGGAGAUUAUGUGAGAAUCUGCUAGAAAUUCCAGCAAGGGUGUUCUUCAGCGAAGAUGAAUCUGCUCUCAUGGUCUGUUUCAUGAAAAUGCAGAGAUUGGUGCCCAGUGUGCACAGGUUAACCAGAGUCUAGAAACAGCUUUCCCUUUGGAUUUCCCUGUGCCAUUGACCUGGUGUUUAUGCACCCUUUGCAGUACCAGUGACAGCUUCUAGAUAUGUAGAGUAGAUGGCAACCUUUGACUUGUUUCCACAAAGUUCUACGACUGUGUUGAUAUGACUGUAGUGACGAUGGAGAGGGGAGCCCUCCGAUUGGCUGUGUGGUUCCUUCACGCAUCUGACCCUAGGGAAGCGUGCUACUACACACAAACAUGCAUACUCUGCAUGCUCAGUCUCCUCGUGCUGCCUUGCAUUUCCUUUGGAAAUCUGCACUGUCAGAUUCUACUGAACAAUGACAUAAGCUACAGGCCAAGCUCCUGCCAGGACUCUGUCCAGUGUAGUUCCCCGAACCCCCCUAUACCAGUCAUACCCCCAGGCAGCCUUCUCCUUGAUGGCCAAGAAAGCCAGAGUAGCCGUUCACUCAUACACUGCACCCUACAAGAAUGGCAUCAUCAGGGAUGAUGGGCCCCUUGCCCUUUGUUGCCAGAAGGAAGGGAGGGAGGUUCAGUGGUCAGUGGGUCUUUCACACUUGGCUUCAUGGCCACCUGAUUUGGCAUAUGCUGCCUGUCACCAGGACAGAGGGGAACAGUGUGUAGGAAAACCAGUGAACAUCCACACCAGACUAUCUGCUCUCCAGCCAACAUGGAAUUUUCCCAGUGACUGUUUUGAACGAUUAUCAGACCUUCUGUAAGCCUGAGAGUCCCUGCAUAGCAGGGAAAUUAGGCUGCAGCUGGGGACCAAAGAGACAUGAAGGAGCAUAGGCCAUGUACUUAACAUCUGUCCUAUGACUAACUUUCUCUUUUAUUUCCAAUCUUUUCAUGUGUGAGGCCAUAUUAUACAAAGUCCAAUUGGUUCCUUUCUGCCUGGUCCUAGAAGGUUCUUCAUAUCUUCAGGUUCUUCAUAUCUUCAAGUUAAAAGAGAGAUACUUUCCUAGUCCUUGUUUGAUUUGUAAAUCUCUUCCCUGCUAAUCAUGGUUCCCAUCUUUCUUAGCCUGUCUAGGAAUCUGAGAGUCUGCCUUUUACCUCCCUCUGGUACUCUGGUUAAAAUUUUGGGUACUAUGAAGAGAAGGUCUGUUUCUUUCUCACAGUUCUCAGCCAUCCAGAGCUCCAGAGACCCUAACAACAGGCAGUCCUUCCUUUGCCCAAAUCAACACAUUUCUGAGAACCCUUGAAGUCAGUAGAAGGAAAGUGUCUGUUGUACAGAGGCCAGGAGACACACUCCAUUGCUCACGAGAGCAGACCAAGAGAGCAAGAAUCGAGGUCAAGCAUGGAGUCACAUCUGGUCAUCAGGGCUUUUAGUCUUCUCAUACCACAUUUCAAAUGUUGUCAAGCAGGGAAGGAUGGCCCCUCAACCCUGAGACCUUGAGUGACAGAAAUGCCCUCACUCGGUAGCUAGAAACAAUUUAGCUAGGACCUGAGGAAGGAUUGUCUGGCUUUCAGAAGAGCUACUCAGAGCUCAGGGAAGCCAAAACUUGCUGUAAGUGCCCUGAUUGACUCUGUUCUUCAGCAAAGCCGUGCCUCUGAAGCAGGUGUCAGCACAGAGAGAACUAGAGGGUGUAGGAUGAGGAAAGGGCAUGUCCUGACCCUAUCUGUGUCAUCGUAUGGAAAGCAGCUUCUGUGUGGUCCACCCUUAGCAAAGGCUGAUGGCGCCAUAAUCUGCUUUGUGAAAAAUAAAUUCCUAUCCUAGGUGUUUUUCCAGCUAAAUCAACCUAGCUAGAGAAAUGUGGCUGGUCCUUACCUGGACAAGUGAGGCCCCUCCACCGCAUCUGGCCAAAGAAUUUGCUGAUGGGAAAGUCAUUGGGGGAACUUGGGUUCCCUCACCAAAGUCCAUGUUCUACAGCAGCUGACGUGGGGAGAGGCGUUCUGGAAGGCUAUGAGGGGAAAAGCACCCUUCCUAUGAUGUCAGUGACAGGUACCUUCCUGCCUUUAGCAUUUCACUCUUUCUCUUCCUCCUCCUCCUCCUGCUCCUCCUCCUUCUUUUCUUCCUCUUCCCCUUUCCCUCCUCUGCAAACCCAGUGAAUGGAACACAAAGGUGAAAGAAACCAUUUGCAGAUUCUUAACAGUGUUUUUUUAUGCCAUAUCUUCACAUCCUUAGGGAGGCAGUACACACACACACACACACACACACACACACACACACACACACACACCUAAGGCACAAGUGCUGAGGUGAUGGCCACAUUGUGAUUUUUUUUCCCACAUAAAAGGAGGACCGUAGUAGGUAUGUUCAGCCUGUUCAGUUUGUGACUCUGUGUCCCAGAACAGCUAUGGCUGUGACCCAGCACAUUUGUAGAUGAUGUCUUAUUAUAAUGAAAAAACACUGAACACCUUUGAAGAGGAACAUAUGGAAGAAGCUAGAACAAUUUCCAUGGGUGAAAAUGGUGACAAUUUUAUUUAUCUACAGUGAAUGUUACUACCACUCUUAAACCCGCCCUUUUCCCCCAACCAUCUUAAGAGGUUUGGUUCCAUAUAAUAUACGAUAAAAACCUGAUCUUCCUGGUUAUGUGAGGAAGACCUGCUAACAUAUCUCUGGAAGGGAGUUGCAGAACGCAGCUGGAUACAUCAAGCAUUGCAAAUCAUUCAAAUCUGAGAGUAAAGUCUGCACUGAGAUUUUCCUGUUGCGUUUCUCUUAGGUCUCUACUAGCUUUAAGGAAGACAGGCCAGGAAAAAUACAAUGAAAAUGUGAAAUGUCGUAUCACCAGAGCCAAACUGUCUCAGAAGCUCACUGCUUUGGAGAUAUAACCACUCAUCCCCAUGGGAAAUCCUAUUCACCCCAGUUUCCCAGAAUCUAAGUGAUUUGUUGUAUAAAGAUUACAGAACAGAUGACAUGCCACUCACUCCAGCAUAAAUGACUCAAUUAUUGCAAAUUUGCCACCUAAAAUUUCCCUCGUGCACCACUCAGCAGGGUCACUUCACAGACAGUUUGGGGAGACAGAGACUAUAGGGAAUCAGAGGGGGAUUCCAUUUUCCAUUUUUGGGGAGCAGUGUGACGGUACUGGGGGUUGAACCAAGGGCCUUCCUUGUGCAUGCUGGACAAGCACGUUAGCUUUUAUUUUGAAACAGCCUCUGCCUCCUAAGACUGCCCAGCACGGAGAACUACACCAAAGGUAAAAGCGGGAGAGAACUCUCUGGAAUUGAGGACAGGUGAUUUGUAAGCAAGCAGUCCCUGCAGAGGGCUUUAGAAGGCGUCACAGCGACCCACGAGCUAUGGGCACCUUUCUGUUCUCCGCACAGCACAUUUCCACAUCUGCGUCCCAUCCCCUAGACUUGAAAUCCACCUCUCUGCCAGACCAUGCACCCAUCUGCCCUGCCCUGCUUGGACACGUGUUUCUCACUCACUGCCCUGAACAAAGCCUGAAUGGCAGGGGAACAGCUGGGUUGCACACAUCUGUGAUGACAGCGGUUAAGAACAGCCUGUGGGGGAAAGAAGUCGUUGAGAAAUGGGGUGGUAGAUCCCCAGGAGUCAACGCUGCAAUGUCGGCCUCUCUCAUAACACUACCGUUCUACUUUAAUCUGCCAGUGUUGCUAAGGAAAACUUCCCUCCAUGUAAAGGGUCCACAUAAAGCUGAUGUCACCCCCACCUCUCCAUGUGUCUACUCAGUCCACUUUUAUGUCCCCGAGAAAACCUGUGUCAUGUGCCAUGCUGUUCCCAGAGAGGCAUGGAGAGAUGAACAGGCUUCUGUGUCACUCAUAUACACCUGCACAUCCCACACCUGCCCCUCCAGGCUCUACGACACCACAGUCUGACUGUUGUAAAUAUUGUUGUACAGUUUGUAAUCAUCAAAUAAUCUCGUUGUCAAAGGCCCUGCCUGCUGCGCCUUCUCCCCCUCGAGCAAGGCCAGGGAAUUUAGGAGGGAAACCCUUCAAGGAGAGCUUCAGGGUCCAUCUCUGUGUGAGACGCUACUGUAUAUUCCUGUAAGAUUGCAUUUUUAUCUAAGGAAUGAUGUUAUUUAAAAAACAAACAAAAACGCAAAAAAGAAUUGCAAAUAAAUUUCUUAACAAUGUCAA